GUGAGGUGUAGGCGGAGGAUUUGAAGAAUUAGCUGACAGAUGAGAUAUCAGAAAUCUAUAUCGACUGCCACUUUACCAGGCUCAGGCUGAGAGUAGAAAGGCUUUCCUAGUUUCCUAUCCACAAGGAACAAAACCUAAAGACAAUUACUAUGGCCUCUGCAUCUGCUAUCUCAGUACAAAUCUUUCACACCCAGAGAAGCACUCUUUCUCCUCCUUUCCGUCAUUUCCAGUUCCAGGGUGGUUAUAGCCAAUGUUCCAUGCCAUAUGUGACAUCCACUGCUACUGCUACAAGGUUGCAGGUCACUCUACGCAGGCCUCCCUAUGCAUCCAGAUUCUCUGCCAAACAUCAAACAAUGGUGUGCACCAACUCUAUGUCAAAUGAUGUAGAGCAGCUGCAAGCCAAAGUAACAACCAAGUGCUUCUUUGACACAGAAAUUGGCGGUGAAGCUGUUGGUCGGCUUGUACUGGGCCUCUUUGGUGACGUUGUUCCUAAAACCGUUGAAAACUUUCGCGCCUUGUGCACAGGAGAGAAAGGAUAUGGUUAUAAAGGAUGCUCUUUCCACCGCAUCAUUAAAGAUUUUAUGAUCCAAGGAGGGGACUUCACUGAAGGAGAUGGAACAGGGGGAAUUAGUAUCUAUGGUUCCACAUUUGCAGAUGAGAGCUUUGCAUUGAAGCAUGUUGGCCCUGGUGUACUGAGCAUGGCUAAUGCAGGCCCUGGUACUAAUGGGAGCCAGUUUUUUAUCUGCACAGUGAAGACUCCAUGGUUGGACAAUCGCCAUGUGGUGUUCGGACAUGUGAUUGAGGGAAUGGAUGUUCUGCGGAAACUUGAAUCCCAAGAGACAAGCAGGUCAGAUGUCCCUCGUUUGCCAUGCAGAAUUGUUAACUGUGGAGAGUUGCUUUUGGACUGAAUGCCUUCUUACUCGUCGAAAAGUAUAACUGUGGAAUGCAGUUUUCCGGUUUGUCUAUUCCAGAGUUGUUCUUAACUAUGUAUCUUAUUUUGACUGUGAAAUGAAAUAUACCAGUCAUGCAUCUGAAAGAUUGUUCAUUUC